AUGACCUCCUGCUAUGGGGUGGACACGUUCGUUGACGAAGAUGGCGAGGUGUGGGCUUGCUUUGGUGGCACCGGCCACGCGGCGGGAUGCUGCGGGAGCUACUGCGAGAGUGUUCCGUCGAGGGUGGUGAAGCAGUACGUGCGGAGGUUCAACAAGCGGCGUGGGUGCUGGACAUCAACAGGCAACAGGGCUCGCUUCAGGUCGUGGUGGGCCACAGAAACAGAGUGCCCAAAUAUCGUAUUCAGGUCGUCGCAAUCCAACUCCAAUCCAAUCCACCCUCCGUCCCUGCUCCGGCGUACUAGCUACAUGGCGGCGUGCACCUUCGUGGGGUCGCCGUCGUCGCCCAGCACCAGGCUGCUCCCGUCCACGCCCCCGCGCGUCAGCCGCCGCUCGCUCUCCGCCUCCGCCGACGGCCCGGCCCGCGUCCGCUUCGCCCGCCGCACGCCUAUCGCCGCCUCUCUCGGGGUAACUCAAAAUACAGGGGUCGUGAUGCCCGACACCAACGUUGUUACCCAGAAUGAUUUACUGAUCGUGGGCCCAGGUGUGCUUGGGAGACUGGUAGCUGAGAAGUGGCUAAAGGAACAUCCAGGCUGCAAAGUUUUUGGCCAGACUGCAAGCACAGAACAUCACAGCGAGCUAACCGAUAUGGGCAUCAUUCCCUCCUUGAAGGGAUCCACGAUUUCUCAGAAGGCUCCUUAUGUUAUUUUCUGUGCUCCUCCAUCUCGUUCUGAUGAUUAUCCUGGCGAUUUGAGAGUGGCUGCCUCAAAUUGGAGUGGUGAAGGUUCUUUCCUGUUUACAUCGAGCACUGCUCUCUAUGACUGCAGCGACAACAGAUUGUGCAACGAGGAUUGUCCAUCUAUUCCUGUUGGCAGAGGUCCUCGUACUGAUGUCCUUCUUAGAGCUGAAAAUGUUGUGCUGGAGGCAGGAGGCUGUGUUCUGAGGCUAGCAGGACUUUAUAAAAUAGAUAGGGGUGCUCAUUUUUUCUGGUUGAGGAAGGGAACAUUGGACUCGCGACCAGAUCAUGUUAUCAAUCAGAUCCAUUAUGAGGAUGCCGCGUCCCUUGCAAUUGCCAUAAUGAAAAAGAGACCUCGGGGUCGCAUCUUUUUGGGCUGUGACAAUAAGCCUCUUUCCAGGCAAGAAAUAAUGGACGCCGUUAACAAAAGUGGAAAGUUUGACACAGAAUUUCAAGGUUUUACUGGUACCGAUGGUCCAUUAGGGAAGAGGAUGGAGAACUCGAAAACUCGGGCUGAUAUUGGAUGGGAGCCCAAAUACCCAACCUUCACAGAGUUCCUUGGUGUCAGUAAUUAAUAGCCACAUACGUUGAACAAUUCUUCUUACUCUUGAGUUUUUUUUUUUUUUUGCGGGGGUUCUUAUCCUGAGUCUGAGUGAAUAGCAAUGUCAAGGGGACAGUAGGGAUGUGUCGUACCAGCGGUUACUCCGUUUUUUGUUGUUGCCCCAGCAGUUUUAGAAACUAUGCAAACGCUGCACAAUGUAAAGGGUGUAUAUUUGUUUUGCUCGGUGGUCAUCGUUUGUUUGACUUUCUGACCAUGGAGUUUUGAACUUACCUGAAUUUUCUGCAGAAAUGUAGUCGCCUUUGCUUGUAUUGUUUCC